AUGAACAAAUUCAUUCUCGUCUUUGCAUUACUCUCCUUAAUCUUUGCCACCUUUGUCAUGGCAGGGGACGAUUCCAAGAAAGAAGUCAAAGGAACUGCUUGGGCUGGUGCUCCAUUCGUUGGUGGUGGAUUCUACGGUGCUGGUGUUCCAUUCGUUGGUGGUGGAUUUGGAGGUGGUGGAGCUUCCAAUGUGGUUGGUGCCUAUGGCUACAAUGGAGGUUUAGGUUCCAAUUAUGGAGUAUCUGGUGGUAAUUACAAUCAAUACGCUCAGAAUACUCAGGCCUAUAGCAAUCAGGUCAAUGCUGUGAAUUAUACUCCAUACGCUGUCUAUGGAAAUUAUGCAGUGGGACCAACUGCUUAUGGAAAUAACAUGUACAAUGCUUAUUAUGCUCCAUUCUAUGGUGGAUAUGGUGCUCCAUUCUGGGGUGGAUAUGGUGCUGUUCCAUUCUGGGGAGGACAUGGAUAUGGUGCUGGAUAUGGAGCUGGGUUUGGAUGUGGAUAUGCAAUGAUUUGUUAA